GGAUGGGGACGGGAUGGCGACGCGUGUCCCUGCUCCACCGUGUCACCCCCAUUGCAGCUGUCAGUGGUGGAGUACGACCCCGGCACGCACGACCUGAAGACGCUCUCGCUGCACUACUUUGAGGAGCCGGAGCUGCGGGACGGCUUCGUGCAGAACGUGCACAUCCCCAAAGUACGGGUGGACCCCGACGGGCGCUGCGCCGUGAUGCUCAUCUACGGCACGCGUCUGGUGGUGCUGCCCUUCCGCAGAGACUCGCUGGCCGACGAGCACGAGGGCCUGGUGGGAGAGGGGCAGAAGUCGAGCUUCCUGCCCAGCUACAUCAUCGACGUGCGGGAGCUGGACGAGAAGCUGCUCAACAUCAUCGACAUGCAGUUCCUGUGCGGUUACUACGAGCCCACCCUCCUCAUCCUCUUCGAGCCCAACCAGACGUGGCCGGGGUAAGGAAACGC